GCAAAUCCAGGCCAACAGGCCAGCCGGCAGCCCAGGCUGCACUGUGUGUGAGAGAGAGAGUGAGAGAGAUGGGGUGAAGAGUAGGAGCAGAUGUUCUCUGGGUAGGAAAGGGUUAAGUACUCCUGGCCCUCCCAGGCUGCUGUCCAUCUCUCCUGAACUUUGCCCUCCCCUCCUCCUGGACACUGCAGCCAGCACUGCCUGCCAUGGCUCGCCUCAGCCCCUCACAGCUAGAGAAGUUCCAGAAAGAUGGGUUCCUGGUACUCGAAGACUUCCUGUCUGCAGAAGAAUGCACGGCUCUGCGGCAGCAGAUUGGCCAGAUAGUGGCCCAGAUGGACGUCCCACUCCACUGCCGCACGGAAUUUUCCACUCAGGAAGAGGAGCAGCUUCGAGUCCAGGGUGACAAGGACUACUUCCUAAGCAGCGGAGACAAGAUUCGAUUCUUCUUUGAGAAACAUGUCUUUGAUGAGAAAGGGAAGUUCCUGGUCCCUCCGGAGAAGGCCAUCAACAAAAUUGGCCAUGCUCUGCAUGCCCACGACCCGGUCUUCAAGAGCGUCACACACUCCCCCAAGGUGCAGGCUGUGGCCAGAAGCCUGGGCCUCCGGAAGCCGGUGGUGGUGCAGAGCAUGUACAUCUUUAAGCAGCCUCACCUGGGCGGUGAAGUCACCCCCCACCAGGAUGCCUCCUUCCUGUACACGGAACCUCUGGGCCGGGUGCUGGGCUUGUGGCUGGCGCUGGAGGAUGCCACCCUGGAGAAUGGCUGCCUGUGGUUCAUCCCAGGUUCACACACUGGAGGCGUGUCUAGGAGGAUGGUGCGGGCUCCCACAGGUACCAAGUUCCUUGGGUCGGAGCCUGAGUGGGACGAGAGUUUGUUUGUACCCACGCCAGUGUGCAAAGGGGCUCUGGUCUUGAUCCAUGGCGAGGUGGUGCAUAAGAGUGAGCAAAACUUCUCUGAGCGCUCGCGCCAGGCCUACACCAUCCACCUCAUGGAGGCCUCAGGCACCCUCUGGAGCGCCGAGAACUGGCUGCAGCCAACAGCUGAGCUGCCCUUCCCCCCACUGUACACCUAAGGGCCCUUGAAGCUGGGGCCUGCCCCUCGUGAGCAAAGCUAUGGGCUGUGACAACAGCACCUGCUCCGACCUUGACCUCCCCCCUUCGACCCUGACCUCCCUCGCCCUGGGACUGUCUCUGAGCCAUCUGAGCCCUGCGGACUCCAAGGGAGAUGAAGCUUCCUCUCUCCCGGGAGGUCUUUUCCCCCUUCCUCCCGAUACACCCUCCCCCUCGAAGGAAGA